AUGGAGAAUUUUUUCCUGUUCUCCUGUUUUGCCCUCUUGGCAUUUGCCUCGGCCGAUGUUAGCCACUUGUUGAACACUUAUUUGCCGCCAGUACAACAAAGCUAUAAGGCUCCAUCGAAUGAAUAUUUGCCUCCAGUUCAAAAUACCCUAUCACCGCCAGCUCCUUCCCGUGAAUAUCUAGCUCCUGUUCAUAGGACUUUUUCUGCUCCCGUUUCUUUCCAUCAACACUCAUUCCAAGCAGGUUUUGGUAGACAUAUUUCAAAACCUUCCCGUGAAUAUUUAGCACCUGUACAAAGAACUUUCCUUGCUCCUGUAUCUUUCCAUCAACAAUCAUUUUCGACCGUUUCUGGCAAUCGUAUUUCUUCUCCUUCUCGUGGUUAUUUAGCCCCUAUACAGAAAACAUACUCUGCUCCUGCUACAUUCUAUCAACAAUCAUACUCGUCGGGUUCUGGUAGCUCUUCAUCAACUGGGGUUGAUGUUGGUACCCAAUAUGCUGCCAAUGGUGGUUACAUUUACUGA